AUCACGAUAAAGCACUGUUGUGACUACAAAUAUCUAGGAAUCACUAUUUCACAAGAUGAAACAUUAGAAAAAGCCAUAAGAGAGAUAAAUACGUCAGGGAGAAAAGCCAUCAUAAUGUUAAACAACAUUUUAUGGGACCAAUCCAUCAGCAAAAGAAAUAAAAAUAGGAUAUAUGAGACUAUAGUAAAAAGUAUCACUUUAUACUGUAAGGUAUGGCCACUGAAAGAAAGAACACUAACAACGCUGAAAGCGACGGAAAUAAUUUUGUGGAGAAUAGCCGCACGAAGAUCUAGAAGAGGGAUUACCAAUGAACGCAUUAGAGAAAUAAUGGGAAUCAAACGAACAAUCACAGAUGACCUAACAACAAAACAACUUAUCUGGUUCGGAAACAUUCAAAGA